GGGAACGUGCGUUUCUAACUUUUUUCCCCCUCGGACCGACUACCAGUAAGAUUUCCCGGCUGCCGCUUUCACACCUUUGGUGCGGGUUUCUUGCCAUACUUUUUCAAUUUAUCACCCCCCUAAUUUCACCUUUCACGUAGACGUACAGUCACGUCUGGAACUCUACGCGACUUUUGUUUUCUUCCAGUCCAAACUCGACAGUUUCUUCUGAAGGACCUUGAUCCACCCCUGAUUAUCAGCCUGCAGACCAGCCUGUGUGACAACCAGCAUUCACACACACAACUGAAACGUUAAUUCUGCACAGUGACAUUCAGCUAGUGAGACACAGACAGCCACUGAAGCAGCCUGUGAGAUAGUUAACCGGCCUGAUCAACGGGCAAACAACCAGCAGACAAGUUAACCAGACAGAAGGGCAGCCAUGUUGAUCAUCUUAGCUUUCAUCAUCCUCUUCCAUCUGGCUGCAGCCAUCCUCCUCUUUGUUGCAACCAUUCACAAUGCGUGGUGGAGUGUGUCGGUACCCGGACGCGAUACGAUCUACACUGACCUGUGGUACUCCUGUAACGCCACCUGCUUUCCUGUGGAGAACAGCCAUACUGCUGAUGCAGCCUACCUGCAGGCCGUCCAGGCCACUAUGAUCCUGGCCACCAUUUUAUGUUGUGUUAGCUUCUUCGUCUUCAUCCUCCAGCUCUUCAGGCUCCAACAGGGAGAGAGAUUCAUUUUCACCGCUAUCAUCCAGCUAUUGGCCUCUCUAUGUGUGAUGGUCGCAGCAUCCAUCUACACGGCUCAGAACAAGAGCUUUCACGUGCCCAGCCUUCAGGAAGGCUCCUACGGCUCCUCCUACAUCCUGGCCUGGAUCAGCUUCCCUGUGACUCUCGUCAGCGGCCUCAUGUACCUGGUGCUCAGGAAACGCAAAUAGAUGUGACGGGCUUGAUGCACAGGCAUGGCGAUAUUCAAAUAUAUAAAUAGGAACACUUGGACACAAAUGCAUAAAGACAUACACUUUUCCUCAACCUACAUACAUGCACACAUUGUCUUUCUAACCGUUAGAUUUUAUGAAACCAUGGAGGUAAGGACAUACACCACAGUUCCUCACUAAUGUCAAGCCUCAGGUUUAGAACCAGACAGUUCACCUAUAAAGCAUUCAGCAGCACAUUUCUGUCCACCCUACACACUCAAAACCCCAAAUAAUCACACACCCUCCUCCUUCCUGAUGGUACAUUGUUCUCACUGAAUGUAGCAAAGAUGCCCAACUGACAUUUUGUUUUUUGUUUUUUGUUUUUUGUUUUUUUUGUCUAUUUACAUGUGUGACAGCUACAAAAUGUUUCUUGAAACAUUUAAGGUGAGAAAUACACUAUUUACAUUUGAUGCAAUACCUAGUUUAAAAAGUACUAGAUCUAUGCAUUUGCAUGAAGUUCAGAUCAAAUCUACAAAUACAGAUCAGCAAAUGCACCGGACAUGCGCCUUGCUACGUUCAUCACUCAUUCAGUGCUCUGCACAGCAAGGGCUCCUGAGGCUUUCUUGCUGCAUUUAGUGAGAACAUACCUUCACUAUCCUCUCCCCAUCUUUCCCUUUAGCCACUACACAAGACAUGAGCAGUGUCCCAACAUACUGAUAUGUCUCCUCCUCGUUUCAUUGUGUCCUGCUUCCUACCAUCUCCAUUCAUUGAAACCCUUCACAAAGGAUAAAAGUUGAAGACAAGUGGGGAGAUUUGUCUUACUGGGACACAGCCCCCAGGACUUUACAAAGGGUCCAUACUUUUUUUUUGUGAAUCUCUAGUCAAUGGAAUUUUUUUUGUACAUAUUUGCUGUGUAUGUAUAGUUAAGGUAAUUGCAAAAAAACGUAUUUUGAAGACUGAAAUACAAAAAGUAUAUAUGAAAAAGAUAAAAACUAAGAAUCUUAUGUUAACCAUAGCUUACAGGAAGUGUAGUGAAGUAGUAGUUGAGUUAUAAUAUGUAGGAUUUUAACCCUGUUCUUUGUAUUCUUAUGUACUGACUUGUGUUUUAAUGGUGAGAAAGGAACCAAUGAUGUGCUGUGAUGUUUGGGAUUUCAAAUGACAACAUAGAAACAUGCAAACUUGAAAUAAGAAUUUCUUCGUAAUUGUUAUGCUUUAUUGUUCACAGCUUCACUGAGAAAAAAGACAAACUCUAUUUAUUGUUAAAAAACCACUGUUGUGUAUUUUAGCAUCAUGUGACUGAGGAUGUAUGAAGUAAUCAAGUCUUGCCAUGUUUUUCCCUCUCUGGCCGCCUGGCUGCUGUUUAUUUGGUCCAAACAUUUCUAACACCUCUUAUGCACAUGCUAUGCACUUGUGCUCCGGCAUUUAACAACAAUAAAUUUACUGUAUUGUACCUGCUACCAAUUCCCAGAAUUUCUUCUACUUACAGCUUGAGUGGAGGUAUUGUUUGAUCUCACAAUAGCACUGUGAAAACUGUUUUUAUAUUCCUCUUUCUUUGAAACAGUUAAGGGAGGCCAUCUGGGUAUUAACUUUGUAGCUGCUAGAACAUGAAACAUUUCCAGGACACAAAUAAUUGUAAAGAAUUAACGUGUCAUUUCAGCUUGGACUUGUUGGCUCCUUCAGAGGUGCAUUGGGUUGUUUUGUUGUAGGAAUAUGUUCGUGUCGAGCAGCGUUUGGACCACAGAGCCUGGUCUGGUCUGGACUAUCUCACCGAAUUAUGAAGAUUCAGGGAAAAGACAUGGAAGUGAAGAUGUUGCUCUGCUAUCUUAAGAUGAUACUUGAAAAUGAUCAAAAUAACAUAUUGGAGGCCAGGAUUGUGAUGUUUGUUGUUGUGAAGUUGUCAUCAUAAGAGUGUUUCACUAAAUAACACUCAUGUUUGCAUGCAAGUUCUUGUCUUUCAGCAAAUCCCUUUAACUUAUAUUGGGUUGAAAAGUUAAGUUAUUGCAGUACAAAAGGCUGAAAAAUGUUUUUUUUUUUGGUGGAACACUGUUUAUUAUAGAUUAUGUAAAGUUUGGAUGUAUUUGAAUGGCUUUGUUGACUUCAAAACAGAUCUGAAUUUAGAAUUAACUAAGUUUUGUGCAAACUGAAUUAAAGAGAAACCACAGGAAGUACCACAGUUUAGUUAUUAGAGUCACUCUUGAGUUGGGAUUGGAAAUGUUUUGGUUUGUGUUUGUGAUCAUUUCCCAGUAGUGUGUUUUAUUAAUGUAGUUUAUCAGUGUCAAUGUAGAUGUACCGUAUCUUGUAGCUCUAUACAGAUAACCACAGGACCAUAGUGAUGAAUAAUAAAAAUCUAAAUAAUGAGUUGUUUAAGCUAAAACUGUAUUCAUGGGGAAUUGUUUUUUUAAACAUUUUUUUGCAGUUGGAAUAUUUCUAAUGCUUCAAGAAGUAUUAACUCCACAUUCAUUGAGAGGCUCAUGAUGCUUAAUGGAGACAUGUUGAGAUGGUCAAUGUUUUCAGAACCUUAAAUUAAAACAAUAAUUUUCCUUUUAUAGGAUUCAUCCAAAGGUCUUAUAUGUAUGGGUUUAUAUGUCAUGUUAAAUGGGAGUGUUUCUGCCUGUUAGAUGCUCCUUUAUUUUUUCAUAUUUUAGGGAAAUUCAAUAACAACAUGCUAUUCAUUUUGACCUCUAUUGCAACAUCUGUGGCAGUUUCAGUCAUCUGUAAGAUACAGUGUUUUCAUGUACUCACGUCAUCAAACUAAAGUGUUUGUCUGCUAUUGACACCCAGUGGACUGAGAGAAAACUACACAAUGUUUAUGUAGCUGCUAGUUUUAUAGUUUCAGGUAAUCUGCUCUAAUCUCAGAACAGAUUGGGCAAAAAAAAAAAGGACUAAUUUCCCCUGCAAGAAUUUAUUGGUGCUUAUUUUUUCUUUUUUCUUGUUGCCCCCACUCAUCAGAUGUAUAUCUCAAUAAAUGUAUUUUACAAUAAAUACAUUUUCUUUGUGUGUGCCAAA